AUGCCUUCUGGGACACAGAGCGCUAAUCAGAAGUUCAUGGCCGGUGUUAAACAAACCCGCGCUGCUGCAAAUAACAAGUCGGAAGAGUCUGGUUUGAACGCACUGUCGACAACAGGAGGAGACAAUCCAAAGGCAGGUGGCUCAUCCCUCAGGCCAAUUGCCAAGGGAGAUGUCAACUCAACAAGUUACAAUCCCGCCAAAGGGCCUUCCACCUAG